CGCUCGUUCACGUCGUUUUUUGUGUCACGGUACUUGUGAACUUUGGACUGCAUUGUUCUAUGAUUGCAGAAGGCAAAACCAAAUUAUUCAAAUACUCGAAAUCGAAACUGAGAGAAGCAACUUCGGGAAAAGGAAGAAUGAGUGAGUUUUGACAUCUACCCAGUCCCAUGGCGUCUGCCCUAAGCCAUCUCUCUCCAAUGUCUGUAAGAGUGAGAGAAGGAUGGAGUGAUAAUGGAAGAGGAGAGGAGCAGGUGGAGGAUGAAUUUGCGUGUUCCGGAGUGCUACGCGGUGCCCUGUGGUCCUUACAUCCCUCAGUGGAGAGGAUAUUUGGGGUGUCCUUUACGAUCGGUAGAGAGGAGGAUGCUGUGUUACCCCAUGAUGGACAGAUCUGGCUCAAACUAAAAGGAGUGAGGAAGGACGCGGUGGCUGCCAAAUUGUUUGUGAAGGGAGUUGUGAACCAGGAGGCCCAGCAGGAGGUUCCAUAUCCAGGUGUCCUUCACUGUGUGUUCUGUGGAGCCCGAGGGCUGUUCAUGGAGUGCCUGAUCAGAAACACCUCUGCUUACAUACUGGUGGGUUCCCCAGGCUUCCUACUCAUCUCAGGACUGGCAGAACCAGUGGUCAGGGCCUAUUCCCUCAUCACAGACCUGGUGAAGAACUACGAGGUCACCCAGGGACGAAGAACCGAGCCUGGCGACAGAGGAUCAGGCGAGACCCUGGAUUCCCGUCGGGCCUUCAAAUCCCUGGUGGAGAGAUGGGAGGACAGGCACACUCUGGAUCUGCUGGUGCUACCAGGGGUGGUGAAGGAGACUCUAUUGGAUCUGGUGAGGGAGUCUGGGCUGGGAUCCAAACCCGGUCCUGGGGGCUGGAACCUCAGUCUUGGGGGGUCUAGAGACAGAGCGGGUCUAAUGGACACUGAUAGCCAGAGACGAUGGGACAACCAGUCAGGCUUGGACAUACUAAAACUUAUGGAUACCAGAGUAGGGACCAGAGCUGGUGAGGCUGGGGACAUAGAGGGAAUGCAGGGGAUUUACACAUCAAGGAGAAAACCUCCUGUAAAUUCCACCCACAACCAAGACCCUGGUCUACGGAAUAUUGGGCAGCUUUCUCAACAAAAGACGUUCACUAGCUUACAUGUACAAGAAAGAGAGAUGGGCAAAGAUGGGUCACAGAGAGCGAUAGAGAAAGACGCAGCACCUCGACUUCCCAUCUUCCACUCUUUCCUUCAAACCGAGGAGGAGGGGCAAGGAUGUUCCCAACAGGAGGUAGAGGAUGAAGAACAGGGGGAGGAAGGAGAGGGGGAGAUGUUGUCAGUAGGGAGUAGGGAGGAGUUUGGGCUCUUGCUGAAGUUCUUCACGGCUAUGGGCUAUGCAGAAGAUGUGGUAAUGAGGGUCCUGGCCCGGACCGGACCCAGAGAAGUCUCCCAGAUUCUGGACCUGGUCCAGCAAGAACAUGACCGGACCGGUCUGGCCAUGAACCGCCCAGUGGAGAUGGAGCACACAGAGGUAGAGGAGAGGGAAGGUAAAGGAGUGAGAGGAAAGAGAAGCGGUAUAGAUGGGGGGAUGGGGGUGGAGCUGGAGGGAGGUGUGGAAGAAGGGGCGGGGAGUAGAGAGGAGGGGAGAAAAGGCAGGGAGAGUGGAGGGUCUACCGCUAACCUUUCUGAGGAUUCACUGAAGGAAGGCAGGGAGAGGGUCGAGGGCGGCAUGGAGGGAGGCGAAGGGGGGAACGAGGAGGAUUUUGUCCUGGGAGUUGUGAAGAGGGCCGCAGCCAGUUGUGGAUACACAGAGGAGAAGGUAGCAGAAGUGUAUAGUAUGUUACCUGAACUGUCCACACGCCAGCUACUCCUGGAGCUCCAGAGGGAGGGAGCCAGAGAGACAGAAGCUGCAUCCAAGGACCAGGUACGAGACGAACCAAGAGAGGUGGAUGAGGCUGUCUCAGAGCUACAUAGAAAGGACAGAGCAGGAGACAGGAAGGAGGAGAGAGGUAGAGAGAUGGAGGCACCAGCACCGCAGUCCACUGCUACUGAGAAGAGAGAAGAAGAAAGAAAUAGUGUGAAAGGAAAGAGUGAAAGGAAGACCAAUGAGGUAGGAGUGACCGCGCCGAACCGAAUCGGCGAUGGUGCAGUUAAGGUUGAACCAGAUCUGGCUCAAUGGAAUGCCAUGACAAACCAGAUUCCGUUCCCGAUUCACAGUCACCAGAAGAAUCCCACACAGACACACACCCCCCAUCGAGCCAGCCCCCCUUUAGUCACAGGGCCGCCUCAGCCCACCUACCCCAACACACUACCCCCACAACCCACCUACCCCAACACACUAUCCCAACAACCCACCUACCCCAACACAUUACUCGCACAACCCACCUACCCUCUCUUAUUUCCCCAUCAACUCGUUUACCCUCCCACCCAGCCACCCCAGACCACCUUACCCCACACCCUUACCAUGAAUAACUCCUCAACAACCAGAGCGAAGGAGAAACGUGGUCUCUUUCCCCUAGCAGUAGAGGGAAGUGAUCUCCCAGCCCUAACAGCGGUGGCUGUUGAUAGACGAGGUCUCCCGACCAUGGCAGCAGGGGCUGUGGUGACAGGGCAACAGCGCUUCAUGGAAGGCCUCCAGACUCCAUUUGACCUCAAGCUGACCGACCAACCAGGAGACCCGGGACUCAGGAUGGUCAUUAUCGACGGGAGCAACGUUGCGAUGAGUCACGGGCUGGGCCAUUUCUUUUCGUGCCGAGGCAUCGCCCUGGCGGUGCAACACUUCUGGAACCGCGGGCAUCGCAGAAUCAGUACCUUCCUGCCCCAGUGGAGGCAGAAGAGAGACCACCGGGGCAAAGAGCAGCACUACCUUAGUGAGCUCCAGAACCUGGGUCUGCUCUCCUACACUCCCUCCAGAGAAGUCCAAGGGAAGAGGAUUAACUCAUACGACGACAGGUUCAUGCUGCAGCUGGCCCAGAAGACCGAUGGAGUGAUCGUGACAAACGACAACCUCAGAGACCUGCUGGAUGAGUCUCAAGUAUGGUGCGAAAUCAUCAAGAAAAGACUCCUCCAAUACACGUUUGUGGGGGAUCACUUUAUGGUACCGGAUGAUCCGCUGGGCCGAGGAGGACCCCACCUAGAUGACUUCCUACACUCCCAGCACAGGCCUCCUGUCCCAGGCAGUCACUCAUUUGCAGGUGUGGCAUCCUCCUUCCACUCUCCCCGAGCUCCAAGGGCCCAGACAGAGGUCCUUCACUUCCGUGACUGGACACCAGGGGUCGUUGUAGAGCCAGAGCCCAGCCAGGCCAGGGGGAAUGGGCAGGCUAGGGCUGGACGCAGUGGCCCAGGGAUGGGCCUUGGUCUGGGGCUGGGAGUGAAGAGGAGUGCAGAAGAGACCUCCAGGCUUAGGGAGAGCCUAUCCCAGGUGUUCCCAGGACAGGAUAGCAUGGUUACUCUGGUGCUGCAGUGUAAUCCUACAGUGACUGACAUCAAUUCAUUGUCACACUUUAUACUGGAGCAGGAGAGUGUAGACUGAGAGUAGUGUUUUUGUGUGUGUGUGUGUGUGUGUGUGUGUGUGUGUGUGUGUGUGUGUGUGUGUGUGUGUGUGUGUGUGUGUGUGUUCCAGAGAAGAAGAUGUAUUAAUGUAUUUUAUUUCAAUGUUUGAUUGAUAAGUCUCAGUUCAUAGACCGACGGGGCUAAACAUUGUUUAUUAAUCUAUUUCUAUCGAAUUAAGUUUGAAAACAGGACCAAAAAUCGAACCAUAUUAAUCUUAUGGACAGGGGCGCAACUUUCACUGUUUUUUUAUAAUUGCACUGUUUUAUCAUUGCAGUGUGAUACAAAACGUGGUUCCAGUAUGCUUUACGGUCAUGCAAAAGCCUCACAGCUGUCGGCUAGGCUGUUUUCUGGUUUCAGCUAGCUGGAUUUCGGUCUGCACAGUCAACACAGAGCAUGCAGACAGCAUGUAUGAAGGCAAAUCUUCUGAAAGGCUGGCAUAUAGGACCAGCACAGGAGAGAUGAACAGAGGCAGCGUCUGUCUGUGUUGCACUUUUUCUAAGAGUUGUAAAAACAAGCAGAACAGAAACUGGCUACUCCUUAGUUGACUGAUCUAGCUGUGAAGGUAACUGCUGUUUGACAGAAAUAAUAAUAUUCUCAGUGCAGCUAGUAGUGUAACUGGCAUGUUACGUCAGCUAAUUUUCAUCACCUCUUGACUGAAGUGAAUGAACUGCUAGUGGCUUGUUAGCUCGCUAGUAUCUCCCACAGCCAGUUCAGCUCUAGCUAGCCUCUAGCUAUCUGUCAGGUAGCAGUAUCUAACAGCUGUUGUUUGUUCGGAAAUGUUUUGUAGCUUUUGUUAUGUCCCAUUUCAACAGAAGUACAUUAAACUAUGUACUAUUGUACCAUUAGUUAGCAGAGCUAGCCAAAAGUUGGCUAAUGUUAGCUAGCUAGCUUUUUUUUUGCCUAAAUCACAGUAGUCUUGAACCAACCGAUGAAAUCAGAGGCCAAAUGAUUGACGACAGAUAUUGUGAUGUUUUUUCAGCACAUUGUAUGUUUUUAUUAGUCAGUACAGCAAUGUAACGUUAUUGAUCUGUCAGUUUCCCUAGCUAAUUCCCUACUUUUCACACUGACACAGUAUAAACAGCUCUACAGGCUGCACUGUCAUGGUGCACAGUCAGUACACAAUACUAUGCUCAUCAUGUCUUAGCAGGAUCAGAUGGUGACAGGUGUCCCUGCAGCGUUAGACAGCCAUGGAAGACUAGUCUAGAGAUCUCAGGUGAAUUUUGCAGUAUAUUUUAACAAUCAGUGAAUAAAUACAGUUCCAUCUUGAGUUGAUGAAUAGGCUAGUCUGGGAUCUGGAAAUAAUGGUCAUUUCAAUUGUUUAACCAUUGAUUCUAUUCCUGGUAUAUAUAUAUAUAAUGUAUAAAUGUACCCCAAUGUAAUUCUUUGUCAUGCCUCAUCUGAGCGGAAUCAGAUGGUGACAAGGGUCUCAUCAGGGACAGGUAGCCAGGGAAGAUCCGUCUGUGACGGAGCUGAGGUGAUUUAUUGCAGAUACAUGACUUCAUUUUCUCUGUGCAGCAAACACUGGACAAGCAAGAUGCUUCAAAGAUUAGAACUAUUCUAAGACAGUCUGACAAGCCUUUAAAGUUGAUUUCCAAACUGUAUCAAGUGUUGAUAGAGGCUUUGCCCAAUGACACAAAACAAAAAUGUGAGGAGGCCUUAGAGACGCUAUUGAUGAUGAUGACUGGAUACAGAUAUGUUAGAAUUUUCAUUUCAGAAAGAAAUUACUGCACUUUAAGACCAUCCGUGGAACGUACUAUAUGCCAAUGAAACUGAAUAUCAUGCACUCAGAAAUGUAAUUAUUCUGCUGGAGGUGUAAUACACAAAAGGGGACAUAUUUGCUUAUGUUGUAGUCUUGUGAAGGCUGACUGAAUUCUGGCAAUGACUAUGUUCUUUUAUCUCAGGAUGUCUACAGAUUCUCACUUCCCCUUGUUUUUGUUUGCUUGGAAAUGUUGAUACUGGAGACUAUUGUCAGAAGAAACUGUGUAACCUAGCAUUUAUAGUGGCUAAGAAAUGCUUUGCCAUUCAUCGGAAGGUUGGUUAUCCUCCCGAAAUGGAAGACAUGUCAAGUUAUGUUUCACUAGAUUGGAUUUAUUAAAAGAUUAAGGGUAUACUGUGCAACUUUCAUAAGGUCUGGAUGCCUAAUACUGACAAAAGGAGUCUGUAUUGAAAGCAUGCCCACGUCAGGGGAGAUACCUACUUAAGUCAACCCUAGCUGCUAGGCUGCUCAGUCCUGGCCCUGGGUGUCUGCCGUAAUGUUGGUUGUCACUCUGGCCUUGGGCUAACAUAGCUGAAACCUAUAAUGAAUGUUUCCUAAAGCUGAGUGGAGUGUGUUGGUUUGGGGCGCAGCCGGAUGGUGGACCCCUAGGGGCAGGACCGGUUGACCCAGCUAUAUAGUGUGCAUGUAAAAAGAGCUCUACAUCACUAUUAGACCUUUUUUUUUUUUUUUUUUUUUUUACUAGGCAAGUCGAUUAAGAACAAAUUCACAUUUACAAUGACGGCAAACUCCAGCCAAACCCGGACUACACCCUAUGGGACUCCCAAUCACAGCCAGAUGUGAUAUAACCUGGAUUUGAACCAGUGACACCUCUUGCACUGAGAUGCAGUGCCUUAGCUUUAGAUGCCCCCAAAAAUGAGAGGACCCCCCCCCACCAAGUUAUGCCCCUGCCUAAGGAUAUUACUGCAAAAAUAGUUUGUACCCUAUUAUUUUAAUGCUUUAGGCCACUGUUGUAUUUUGUGGAUGUGAUGACUAGUGUUGCUAAAUUCAAUGUAUUUUGCUUUUAUUUAUUAAACAUAAUAUUACAGUAUGGUAAUAUAAAGUUGCUGAUGCUCAACUUCAAAUCAAACAUUUCAGACUGAAAAUUUUACCUCUCAACUUUCUAGAGUUUUCCCAGUUAGUUAACACUAUCAACGUUUCUCUUUACUGUGGGAAUUGUGAUCAAAUCAAUGCAAUAUUAGACACUUUCACUACAAAAUAACAAAACAUAAACUAUGCAAGAGAUUUUGGUAAUAAUGGUAUGGAAAUAAUAAUGCAUUUUCUUUUGUAAAGUGGUGUCUUGCAUCAGUCACCUUGUCUGAAGGACAAGUGGAUAAACUGGUUAAUUUCAAGCCCUGCAUGUUUUUUUCCCCCGAAAAGUCUCAUGGAAUGUAGGUCUACAUUAAACACCACACAUUUGCUGCUUCUGUCGGCUGAACGAUAGAACAGCCAUUUCCAUGUUAAAAUGUUAUUGGAUGCUUUGUCUCCAUUGUUUUUGGUAGGCCUACAUUAUGAUCAAUUUGCCACAGUAGCCUACUUGACCACUUAACUUAAAGAGGGUACAGCCUCAGUGUUCAUGUUGGAGCGAACCAUUAAGGAGAGCUGAGCAUUAAAUAGGUCUAGUUGCCAGGCUGAAGUAGCAAGGACAUGCACAUUAAGAGAAGAUGACACCCAGGCCAUUUGACACCCAGGUUAUACUCCAUUUAUGAAAGAGUACGUUAACCAAGACCAUACGUACAUUUAUGACAGCUGGACGUACUAUGGUCAGCAGGAUACAGGAAGAAAGAUGGAAGCAAGAUAACUGAUGACUAACACGUGAAACAAGCAUGCAAUGCAUACAUUAUUUUCAGGCCGUGAAAAGGGUUCUACCAUCGUUAUAACCUAACCAAAAGCAGGUAUGAGCGUUAGUGGGCGUGAACUAACUCUGAGAUGAGACGAAAAUAAUGGAGAAAGGUCAAGGGAAGCUAUUUUCAUAUAGAGGGAGGGGACCUUGUUUGUUAUGCAAAGACAGAAUCCUAUAAAGGCAGGACUCUGUAAUAUGAGAAUUUAGUCUCUUUCCAUGGAGGGGCUCGGCCGUGUUAUGUUUGUGAUAGGGUCCUUCCAUGGAGGGGCUCGGCCGUGUUAUGUUUGUGAUAGGGUCCUUCCAUGGAGGGGCUCGGCCGUGUUAUGUUUGUGAUAGGGUCCUUCCAUGGAGGGGCUCGGCCGUGUUAUGUUUGUGAUAGGGUCCUUCCAUGGAGGGGCUCGGCCGUGUUAUGUUUGUGAUAGGGUCCUUCCAUGGAGGGGCUCGGCCAUGUUAUGUUUGUGAUAUGGUCCUUCCAUGGAGGUGUUAUGUGUUAUGUUUGUGAUAGGGUCCUUCCAUGGAGGGGCUCGGCCGUGUUAUGUUUGUGAUGGGGUCCUUCCAUGGAGGGGCUCAGCCCUGUUAUGUUUGUGAUGGGGUCCUUCCAUGGAGGGGCUCGGCCGUGUUAUGUUUGUGAUAGGGUCCUUCCAUGGAGGUGUUAUGUGUUAUGUUUGUGAUAGGGUCCUUCCAUGGAGGGGCUCGGCCGUGUUAUGUUUGUGAUAGGGUCCUUCCAUGGAGGGGCUCGGCCGUGUUAUGUUUGUGAUGGGGUCCUUCCAUGGAGGGGCUCAGCCCUGUUAUGUUUGUGAUGGGGUCCUUCCAUGGAGGGGCUCGGCCAUGUUAUGUUUGUGAUAUGGUCCUUCCAUGGAGGUGUUAUGUGUUAUGUUUGUGAUAGGGUCCUUCCAUGGAGGGGCUCGGCCGUGUUAUGUUUGUGAUGGGGUCCUUCCAUGGAGGGGCUCAGCCCUGUUAUGUUUGUGAUGGGGUCCUUCCAUGGAGGGGCUCAGCCCUGUUAUGUUUGUGAUGGGGUCCUUCCAUGGAGGGGCUCGGCCGUGUUAUGUUUGUGAUGGGGUCCUUCCAUGGAGGGGCUCAGCCCUGUUAUGUUUGUGAUGGGGUCCUUCCAUGGAGGGGCUCAGCCCUGUUAUGUUUGUGAUAGGGUCCUUCCAUGGAGGGGCUCGGCCGUGUUAUGUUUGUGAUAGGGUCCUUCCAUGGAGGGGCUCAGUUUUGCUACUUUGUAUUAAAGUGUAUAUUGAAUUCACAA